GACUGCAGUAGCGGUGUUGCCUGAUCUGCUCAAGGCUUUUGGGCAAGUGGGGCGCUGCUGGCCGUUGAAGGCGGCGCCGGAGUCUGGCGUUCCUCUUCGGCAGCUAAAGCAGCAAAUCGAACUGCGCACGGCGCCGCGCGUCCUCGCGCCGGGCUCUGCGGCCUCCGAGGUGGCGGCGGCUCGGCCGUCGGCCCUUCCCUGGGGCGGGUUUGCCGCGACGAUGCUCGAGCACCUGCUGCUGAAGCCGUUGGGCGCGCUGGUGGCGCGCAGCCCCUCGACGCAGCUGGCCGUGGUCACCGACGACUUGAUGGUCCAUCGGGUGGGAGGGCUUCUUCGCGUCACGCAGGAGGUGGCCGACGCGGCGUUCCGUCUCCGCGCUCUCCUGGUUGAGAAGGACCUCGCGCUCGCCAAGGCAACGUCCAAGGUGCUGUCCAACGUUCCGCGUGCCGGGCAGCUGCUGGAGUUCAAGCUGCAGAAGGCCGCGGGCGCUCAGGCCACCAUGUUCGAAAGGAAUUUAGGCAAGUGCCAGAACAAGGCGACGCGCAAGCUCGAGCGCCUGCGCACCGCGGCGUUCAGUGCUGUGGCUCCGUUCACUGCGGGGCUGUCGCGCACGCUCGCGCUGAUGCUGACGCCCUUCCUGGGCCCCAUGCACCGUGCGAAUUUGCAGCCCGCCACGAUGAUGCUCCUGGCCGCCCGGGAAGGCUGGAUCCCACAGCGCGUCAUUGGAUAUGGUUUGCACCGCAGCGCCAGCAGCUGCUCGGCCCAGGUGCAGGGCCCUUGCUCGGCGGUGGAGAUGACUUUGACGCGGGUAGGAUGGGCUGCGCUGGAC